GCACGGUGAGGAAAUAUGGGAUUGGGAAAUGUGGGAAAUAUGGGAACGGCUGAGAGAGCAGAGACUGAGGCUGCCCCGGCGCCUGGGGAGAGCACGGUAUGAGGAUCCCGGCCCAGAGGUGAAGCUCAGCGAGGAACUCCCGGAAUCCCUGCGGAGCCUCCGGCCUGAAGGGAACGUGCUCCGGGAUCGCUUCAAGAGCCUCCAGAGGAGGAACAUGAUCGAGCCCCGGGAAAGAGCCAAAUUUAAGAGGAGGUACCGGGCCGACUCGCUGGACUGA